AUGACGCGGGACCCCGAACGUCAACUAGCCCAAGCAUCAGGGCUUCUUAGCCUUUCUCCCAAUCUCCGUCGCUGCAUAUACCACUACCUGGGUGUGGCAAGGUUUGACGGUCACCCAUUUACCCAUUACUUGGAUGGCCGCAAAGCACCACCCGAUGGCGGGAUCCCAAUCGGGGGCAACCAUCCCGACCCCCCUCCUGCGAGUAAUUUCAUGGGCUUAUUACGGUCUUGUCCCCACCGAUUCGUCAUCUUCUACUCCAGCCAAGGUUCCCUCGGGCCCCUUCGGGCUCUGUCGCCGACCUCUCUCGCAUCCUUAACCAGCCUCAAAAUCGUCCUCAACGAGUCGUCUUGUCACGAUCCAACCGAUAUGUGGCAAAGGGCCCCUUAUUGCUGUUCUGACGGCGGAGACGGAGGAUCAUGGAGGGGUUACUGCGCCAGGCGACAUGGAAACCGACACCGUCGCCCCUUACUCGAUUCUACCCCGGGCUUAGACCUGGUAUCAGCCGAGCGAGUAGCCCAAGCUACAUCGAUCAUGGCCGAAUGGCAUGAUAUCGCGGCUUACUUGUCGCCACAUAUCGGCGUCGGACGUCUUACACUGUUGUUCGAGGUUACAUGGAGUAGACAGGACCGGGGUUAUCAAGUAUGUCGCCCACCUUGCCACAACGGAAACAGUCCCGAUGUCCACCAUGGCUGCCGACUCAGCCGAUGCGAUCCCGGCGAUGACCAUGUCGAGGACGCUGCGCCAUCCCCCGGCUGUUUCUGCCGCCGUCGACACGCCGCCUUCUCCCUCAUCUGCAAUUGUUGGUGUCCGCCAACAAACCUAUUUCUCGUCGGCCGCGCCCUGCGCCAGGAAGCCGAAUUCGUCUUUUUCUCGCACAACCGUUUCAUCGUUCACGAUUUCCACGCGUCACAGCCCUGGACGAUCCCCUCCGUGCAACGCAAACUCGGGACCCCGGACAUGUCCAGUCCCGAGAAAUACUACCCAUUUGAGCGAUACGCCGCUUCAGAGUUCCUCCGAGACAUCGUCCCCGCCGGCUGCCUCGCCCAUCUCCGUUUCCUCGAGCUGGUGUUCCCCCCCUAUGUGCCGCACGGCUGGCCACGGAAGGAACAUACGGCACCCUGGGACUGGUUAGCCACAGUUAGAUGGAUUCAGAGUCGGGUCAACGCACCUGCGCUGACCAUACGCCUCAUAAUGGCAGACUACUACAUGAGGCCACCGGCCCACCGCCGCGGCACGACAAAGACUCAGGCAACGGAUAUCUUGAAUGGGAACAAGUUCAUCAUGCACCCUCUGAGAGCCUUGGUGAUGGAGGACGGUCUGGCGGGGUUCUAUAUGGAGGCCGUAGACCCCCAGAGAUGGAACGAGGACACCCUCCUGCGCGCUGCACAAGAACCCGGGUUCUUGGAUAGGAUGCGCCAACACAUGAAAGAGAUCGGCGAGGAAUAUGUACGGGGUAAAGAUGCGAGCGCCGUUCCAGUGACGAAUGCCAAACCUGAGCCGAGAGCGAGCACCUGGCAGCUUUGGUAUGAGCUCACGUCUGACAGCGCAUAGAUGGCAUCAACUUUUAGUUCAGUACUUUUCGGCGUUAAUCACUCUCGAAAUCUAGUCGUUUCCCUGCCCAUUACACCAUCAGGGGAGGGUGUAGAGUGUGUGACCUUGAACUUGACGCUAGAUAUAGCUUGCCAAAGCACACUUAACGUUGGUCAAC